GACAGGCCGACGACGACAGUCUGACGACAGUCUGACGACAGUUCGUCGACGACAGGCCGACGGCGAGAGGCCGGCGACAGGUCGCCGACAGUCCACGUCGCCGACAAACGGACGACCGGCCGCCGCCGACAAGCUCUGACGGGCCGCGCCGACGACGGGACGCCAGGCGGCGCGUCUUUGAGGCGUCCGUCCGACUUGGACUUCCCUUGGACUUCCCUGCGCGGUCCGAAGACAGUCGCCGAGCCGAGUGCAUCCGCUUCCGGCACCGCCGUACGUAAGACCGUCUUGCUUCCAGCGCGCUCUGCAUUCUCCGUUGUUGUUGUUGUUGUUGUUGUUGUUGUUUCACCUGCAUAGUCGUUGUGUUUUGUUUCUCAUUUGGAAGACAAGUUGCUUGUACCUCCUGGAUCUCUGGAAGGAGGCCUGGACUGACCAGCACUCGUCAUGCCGGUUCCAUUGUACUUUGAACAACAAUUGUUGUACUUUGAAAGUACAAUAAAUUCCUGAUAAAAAAAUUUGCCAGGAAUGUGUGUACUUGUGUUGUGGCCUUUUUCUUGCUGUGCCUGAAAGGCGCUGUGACACAUCUUUGUUUUCCCUGGGCGGUGCCUGUCGCUUAGUGGACGUGGAGUCUUCUACCGGGAACGAAGUACCCCAAAUGCGACGCGCAGGUGCGCACUGUUCGCUACCGGUUAUUGUGCGCGCUAGCCCGUGUUUGCUUCGGUGUGUGCUCAGUGGGCAACAACUUUGUAGGCGAAGUAAAGGUGUGCGUACCGCGUGGCGGGUACACAGCAAGGGGAAAUCACUGUGAAACAGACUCACUUAGUUGUUAGUGAACAGAUUAUUUGGCACUACGUCAAUUGCGUUUUUUGUCUCUCUUUUUUGGGCAAACCGCGCGUUUAAGUCCCUUGGUCCCGAGAGUGGCUGGGUCCUGGGCGAGACCGCCGCUCUGCCGGCUUUAAGUGCCCAGAGGUCGAAUGGACAGCCACAAAGUGUGCUUCGGUGUGUGAAUGGAGAGAGAGAGAGAGAGAGAGAGAGAGAGAGAGAGAGAGAGAGAGAGAGAGAGAGAGACCCAUCGCGAUUACGGGUCCCGAAUCUCCGCCAAUCUGGAAAGCCGCGAAAAUUGCUUGGCAGACAAUCUAAGCGCCUCGCGGGGCCAUCGCACCGUGCGCCACGCCGCGUGGAACCGUUCAAGUGCCGCACCAAGUUUAAACAACAACAUUAAACAACAUCAAUAAAAUGAAAAUAAAAUUAGGAUCUGUUUGAACAGUUACAAAGUCUGUUCAUUGCGAGGAAAAAGUGCAGAAAAAGUACGAAAUAUGUCUGGUCAAUAAUUUGCCUGGACCGUCCGUACCUGUCCUACUACGGAACUUCUCUACUAUUUUUCCGUACCCGAUUAGAUGGAGUUCUUAUGGGACAAGGACGGGCGUUCCGUCCUUUUUUUCCGUACUUCCGUACUAUAUUCGUCAGUACAUUUUCCGUACGGAAUUUUUUACAGUGUUGUCAUGAGCUAAGACUGCAUUUGUUGCGAGUUUGUUGUGUCGGUUCAAGUGAGGGAAGAAAAGGAAGCUCAUUUUCUAUGAGUACGCCUAUCUACGGGAGAUCCUGAGUAAAAAGCAACACUCCUCUUGAUGAUUACUUUUCGGUAGCCGGCCUAGCCGGGGAGGCGUGGACGGCGGGACGGACCUUCGCAGUGCUUCGCAGUGCUUCGCAGUGCUUCGCAGGGACCCAGGGCUGGCGCAGGCUGGCGCAGGCUGCCGCGGCUAGCCGGCCAUUAGCACGUCCAGAGGGCCAAGACUCCGUGAGCAGGACAAGGAUACGCGCGGCAUGGCCGAGCCAGCCUCGCGCCUCGCUACGCCGCCGAAAGUGAAUUUAUGAUAACUCGGAGAUUGUUCCGCCGGGGAUUAUCUCGUUGGGGGUAAUUGCAAAGUCCGGCACUUUUGUUGCGUUUUCUGCACUGUCUUUUGUUGUAGCGGGAACUUUGUCUUGGCGCAUAACGAACGAACGAACGAAUGAAUGAAUGAAUGAAUGAAUGAAUGAAUGAAUGAAUGAAUGAAUGAAUGAAUGAAUGAAUGAAUGAAUGAAUGAAUGAAUGAAUGAAUGAAUGAAUGAAUGAACGAAUGAAUGAAGGAACGAAUGUUUCGGAGUACGAUUGAAUUUGGACAACCUUUCCCAAUUUUUAAUUCGAAAAUCUCUCUUUCUGUUGUCUGCUUAUCGUAAUCCAUGUGGUCGCUUGUCACGAAUGCCUGCCGCCGCGCUGCCGUGCUACACGCUUCCUUCCUGCCCGCAGUUCGGCGCGGCGACCGCAGCGAGGCGCCAUGAUUUCGGUCUCCAUGGCGACGGCCGCGCUGCUGCUGCUGUCCAUGUUUGGCGCGUCGGCGGGCGCGGGCGCCGGCUCGCUGGCCUGGUCGUCCGGCCUGCUCAACUCCCUGUACAGCCCCGUGCUGGACCCCGGCGGCAGCCUGGGCGGCAACCUGGCCGUGCCCCGAAGCUCCCUCAGCCCGCCGCCGCUGUCCGCCAGCUUCUCGCCCAGCUUCUCCUUCACGUCACCGCCGCUGCCGGGCGGCUUCGCGUCCAGGUCGUCCUCCUUCGCGACGUCGGCGGGCUCGGACGCACCGGUCUUCGCGUCCAGGUCGUCGUCCUUCGCUACGUCGGCGGGCUCGGACGCACCGGGCUUCGCCGCCAGCGGCACGUCAUCGCCGAGCUUCUCCGGCUUCGCGACGGGCUUUACCUCGCCGGGGUACAGCCUCCGGACGGAGCCGUCGGCCCUCUACACGGGCGGCUUCUCGUCGCCGGGCUCCAGGACCAAGGCGCUGAGGACGCCGUCGGCGGCGCUGGGCAUCAGCACCUCGCACGUGGCCGCCAUCGCCGAGAACGCGGGCAGGUUCUUCGCCAGGACCUUCCGGGCCUUCAGUGGCAACCCCGCCGAGACCGUCAAGUUCGACCUGUUCACCAGGCAGCAGGCCAACACGCCUGUCCGCGUGUACGCCCGCAAGAAGAACACCCUGGAGCAGACCUCCUUCGACCCCAGCAAGCCCACCAAGAUCAUCAUCCACGGCUUCCUGUCGCACCAAGGGCCCUCCUCCGGGGGUGACGUCCUCAAAAACGCCUUCCUGGCGGUGCAGGACUGCAACGUCAUCACGGUGGACUGGUCCGGCGCUGACCCGCGCGAGUACAGCUCGGCGGUGAAGCUGGCGGUGCCGCGCGUGGCCAACGAGGUGGCCGAGCUGAUCCGCAUGAUCCACGGGCUCGGCGGCGACCUCAACGACGUGCACGUGCUGGGCCACAGCCUGGGCGCGCAGAUGGCGGGCAUGGCGGCCAGCCUGACGCUGGGGCCGGCCGGCGCGGGCCGCGUCACGGGGCUGGACCCCGCCGGGCCGCUGUUCGAGGGCAGGGACCCGUCGCAGCGCCUCGACCCCACCGACGCCGCCUUCGUGGACGUGGUGCACACCGACGGCGGCCAGCUGGGCUACUCCGCGCCGCUCGGCCACGCCGACUUCUUCCCUGACAGCGGCAAGCACCCGCAGCCCGGCUGCGGCAAGGACGUCGUCGGUCUGUGCUCGCACUGCCUGGUGUACGACCUGAUGAUCGACGCCAUCCUCCGCCCUGGCUCCGACGUGUACCGGAGCUGCUCGUCGUGGCAGAGCUACAAGAACGGCGAGUGCGGCCAAGGGGACAACGCCGUCAUGGGCAUCUACACGGAUCCAAGGUCGCGCGGGUCGUACUUCUUGGCCACCAACCGGUCGGUGCGGCCGGAGCUCCGCACGGCCGGCGACAAGGACCUGGUGGGCAUCUUCACGCUCAGGAACAACCCCCAGAAGCUGGACGGCGUGAUGCUGCUCCACUGUUAGGACGAUCUCGGCCCGACCGGAAGUGUGUCAAUCACCGCCACUUUGUGUUUGACGUUGAUGCGAAUUAGAGCGGCGAGGUCGCACUUCUGGUGGGUCAAAAGUGCGUUGAUGGCUCGUGCUCUGUCUGACUCGUGUGCAGAAAAAAAAGCGUGUGCGGCUGGCUGGAUCAACCGUCACUCAUUACCCACGCCGUCAGAGCGCAGCGCAUCUAGCAUAAACUGUACGGCUGUGAACAUGGCUGACCUAGCCAGAAGAUUGUGUAUAGAUAGAUUAAUAAAGCUUACUUUUACGCACGAUGA